AUGGCGGACAAUGGCUCACCAACACCCCAAUUCCUCGCGCCCCCGGCCGUGACGGCCCUACGGCAAGAGGCUCGGAACAUCAAACCGAAAAUGACCCGGAGUAUGAGUGAUGACAUGCGGGAGGAGCGUGAAGAUUUGAAGGAGGCGGCCGAACAGACGUUAAACAUCAUCGUUGAUCUCGAUCUGGACGGUCGCAUUAAGUGGGUGAGCCCAUCAUGGAAGCAGGUGGUCGGCUCCCCUCCGGAGUCGGUUGAAGGCCUCAUGAUCUCGGACAUUCUGCUCGGCAACAAGGAUGUCUUUCGUGAUGCGAUCGACGCGAUGAAAGAGGACGACUCGCGGAGUCGCUUCAUCCGCUUCUCCGUCGAGAUGGGACCAGACUCGGUCCUAAAAUACGCCCCCGAGUCGCGCCCGGCCGAGACAAAUGAUGGAGUAGAGAAGGAAAAGCGAUCGGAUAACCCCGAAGAGCCUUCGCAGGGCGAAGGCGUCCACAAUGUGCUGACUAUGGAGGGACAAGGAAUUAUGGUAUAUGAGCGGACGGACGACCAAGCUGGACAUACUAUGUGGAUGCUCCGACCGUUCACCGAGCCCCGCGAAGUAACAAUCGACCUGCCUCCUCUCCUGGUGGAAUCACUCGGCGUUGGAGCAGAAGUCCUGGCCAACUACUUGACAACGCUGGCUGAGGCUGCGGCAAACGAACCCGAUCCGUUGAAGCAUCCAGCCCCGACUCCAGUCCUAUGUCGAAUCUGCGAACGCCAGAUCACACCAUGGUGGUUUGAGAAACAUUCGGACUUGUGUCUGCAGGAGCACCGGGCAGAGAUGGACGUUCAGAUCGCACAGGAGAAUCUCAAUGAACAUCGCCAUGCAAUCGUGAAAGUCCUCGAUGCGCUAGAGACUCGGCAAGGACGACCACUCAUCGGGAACGAUGGUAGUAUCAUGCCUAGCGCACAACCGGAGUAUAAAGGAUUGCCGAUUGGGCCUUCCCCAGUGAGCUCAACGCCAUCCUCCGCGUCUGUGUCGAAUAUCAAUUCGGCACCAGGGACUCCGCCUCGGUCGAGAGAUCACUCUGCAUCCGGUACCACCCCCUGUCGACCUCGGUCGUUUACAGUCCGGCGGCCGCUUGCUCGUAUUGUGGAAUUGGUCCUGGACCUGUGCGAUACGGCGCUGGAAAUCAGUAUGCCUGUGAUCAAGGAAUCAGCCCGACCCGAGAGCAAUGACGAAUUGCGAACGCUUUCUCCGCAAUCCGAAUCCAGAAUCUCCCAGGUCACCCAGUGGCAAUCGCCGAGCUCGAACACACUAGAGCAGGAACAGGGCCUGGCAGCCCUCUCGAGCGAUACAGAAACUGUGGCCAAGGCCAAGGUCGAUGCCGUCGUUCGUCACCGCAAGAUUGUUGAAUAUGCGGAGCGAAUUCGUAUCGAGUAUACAGUCCUUGUAGAGGAAUGUAUCGCUGCUGCUCUCAGCAAGGCUGAGCGUAUAGCUGCUGGGCAGCUUAGUGAUUCAUCAUUCUCUUCAGAUGAAGAGGCGAUCCGGGCUUCCGGUGUGGAUGAUAGCAUUGUUGACUACUCUUCAGCCAGAGAAGACGCUUUCUCACAACACCCAAGUCAAGAGUCACUGCCGUCGCUGGCGAGUGCGCAGAGCCAACUCCCAUCACAAGCUCCUUUGCAAGGUCCAGCGAAACCAGAAACACAAACGCAGAUACCAGCUCCGCAGCCACAACAGCAGCCACAGCUUGCGGCGCCGACAGCACGCAAGCCAACAUCCGCACUGACAAUGUCGAUGCGGAACUCACCCGAUCGUGCGUUGUUUGGCCAAGGAGAGACAAGAUCAACUUCUUCAACUGCGGUGUCAACUGGGUCGAAUAGUCCGAUGGAGUGUCCGACGCCUCGAUCUCACAGAAGUGCCGUAGGCCUCCUGGGCACCUCCCAACCCCGGCGUGGCUUGGCAUUAUCUGAAAUCGAUGCUGGAGAUAGUAGCGAUAGCAGUAUGCCGUCCACGUCCGCAUUUACUGGAGCCAUGCGGACCGACUCACCGUCCUCCGAGCGCAGUUUCGAUCGAAAACGCAGAAGCUUAGUUCUUCCAGGACUAUCUAGCUCUCCUCGCCGCCAACCUUCUCCCGCACGGGUUUCCGGCCCGCACUCUCCCCUCCGGAUGCCUAAGCCUCGAUACUCCAAUGGCGCGGACAGCCUCCCGUCGCCAAUCGUUUCCCCGUCGACGUACGCAGGCGAGCUCGCGCACAACUAUCGGCAUCAUCGUCGUCAGUCAUCCGCUACCUCCUCCGACGUGGCAAAGCCUCCGCCAUCGCCUCGCCUCCCCUCAGUCAGUCAACAGCCACGUCCGGCUCCACCGUCCAUCAAAGAUUUCGAAAUUAUCAAGCCGAUCAGCAAGGGCGCGUUUGGAAGUGUGUAUUUGUCGAAGAAGAAAUCCACUGGCGAAUAUUACGCGAUCAAGGUCUUGAAAAAGGCAGACAUGAUUGCCAAGAAUCAGGUCACCAAUGUAAAAGCCGAGCGAGCCAUCAUGAUGUGGCAGGGUGAGAGUGAUUUUGUUGCUAAGCUGUACUGGACGUUUUCGAGCAAAGAAUAUCUCUAUCUGGUCAUGGAGUACUUGAAUGGGGGUGAUUGCGCCUCACUCGUGAAAGUCCUUGGUGGUCUCCCUGAGGACUGGGCCAAGAAGUACAUUGCCGAAGUUGUGCUUGGUGUUCAGCACCUCCAUAACCGCGGGAUUGUUCAUCGUGAUCUCAAGCCAGACAAUCUGUUGAUUGACCAGACAGGCCAUCUGAAAUUGACUGACUUUGGUCUGUCGCGAAUGGGUUUGGUUGGCCGCCAAAAGCGAGUUCUCAAGAGCCCCAAUGAAUCGGCGCCCGAUCUCCUCAAGCAAGGACCGUUUCCUCGUGCCAUCUCAAUCGCGUCUUCUCGCUCUGCAUCCUUCGAUUUCCAAGCAGGCUCGCCAGGAUCUACGCCACUGAUCACCCCGGAGCCAGGCACGAGUGUGGGCCAACCGUCCUACUUCAACCUAAACCAAAGUGGACUGACCCAAAAUGCGCUGAAUCAAAGUGGGAUGAGUCGACAAAACUCCCGCCGUGCAUCGGGCUAUCGCAGUGACAGUGCGGGCAGUGACAGUCUGAAUGGCAUGUUUAGGACGUUCUCUCUGAAUGACCAUGAGCCCUCGGCACCAUCUCCGAGCAUGCUGUCAACCAGCCUAGCCGAAGAAGAAGCAUCCAGUGAGGCAGGAGAGUCGCCGCUUCUAUACCCGCUGCAACCGACUUUCAGCAUGGCACAUAACACCCCGCCACAACAGGGCAUGUUGCCUCCUGUCAUGGCUCUUUUCGACCCCGAGGACCAUGAUCGAAGAUUUGUUGGAACUCCUGAUUACUUGGCUCCCGAAACUAUCAAUGGUGUUGGUCAAGAUGAGAUCAGCGAUUGGUGGUCCCUGGGGUGUAUCAUGUUCGAGUUCAUUUUCGGAUACCCUCCCUUCAAUGCUGCCACGCCAGACAAGGUCUUUGAUAAUAUCUUGCGUCGGCGGAUCAACUGGCCCGAUGAUCCUGAAGAGUACACCACGCCAGAGUCUCUGGAUUUAAUGAAUAAACUUAUGACCUUGGAUCCACGUGAGCGCAUUGGAGCAAAUGUUGAGGAGAAGUAUCCAAACGGCGGAACAGAAAUUCGUGCCCACCCGUGGUUUUCCGAUAUUAACUGGGAUACGUUGUUAGAAGACAAAGCCCAGUUUGUGCCAAACAUCGAGAACCCCGAGGAUACCGAGUACUUUGACGCCCGGGGCGCAACUUUGCAAGCCUUUGCCGAGGAAAUGGAGGACGAGUCUUCACCACAGAUCCCAGCAACUACGGGAGUGUAUCCUGACCGGCCUCACGACGCCUUGUUCAAGGUUCGGUCACAGGUUAACUCGAUGAAGCGCCCGUUGAUGCCUCUGCAUAUCCCACCUCAUGUUCGGGAUGCCAGGGAUUCCCGCAGCCGCAGAUUGAGCGAGCCGGCACCGGCAGAUGAUUUCGGUAGUUUCAAUUUCAAGAAUCUGCCCAUGCUAGAAAAGGCGAACAAAGAUGUCAUUCAGAAAAUGCGGCAAGAAGCCAUGCAGGCGCAGCACCGUCAAUCCAGCUCUUCUUCAACCGUGCAACCACCGAUGUCGAACUCACAGCCAUCCUUGGAAGGAAGCCCGCUUCCGAUGUCCUUGCAGCGAACCCUGUCUCAGAACAAGGGCAACAAUCGGCCAUCUUCCCCUUCUAGUCUGAGCCAGGCCAAUUCCUCGCCAAGCCGGCCGUCCCAGCCAUCUUCGCCACUUCUGGUUCAAUUCAGUACAGGCCAAGGGCAUAACCACGAGCGUCGCAAGACGUCUGGUUCUUCCUCAAACGCGUCGCACCAAUCCAGUGGCACGUUCCCAUCGUCAUCUGUAGACCAGAGUCGUAUGCCCAACGUUCGAAUGGGCUCUGUUGCGUCUUCUCCCGUCAAGGCCAAUCGAAUGCCCGCCCACUCACCAGACAAGCACCCUUCGAGCCAGCGACAGGGGAGCGCGCCAGGUGGCCGAGCCCGAUCACAGACAAUCGGAUCCCAAGAUGGUGGUGAACUGUCCACCUCUCUCAGCCGGGAAUCGGUCGUCCCUUCCCACCACAAGCGACGCAGUCAAUUAUUCGAUAUUUCUCCGUCGUCGUCGGACAACGAGGAUCCACGGACCAAGGCUUUACUCAAGGUUCAACGACGGCGGCAAAGCUCCCGCCGCCUAUCGCAAUUCAAUCUCCAGGAGGGUCCAUUCUUCCGACCUCUGGAUAUCCUGAUCUGUGAGGAUCACCCUGUUUCGCGGCUAGUGAUGGAGCGGUUGUUCGAGAAGCUCCGCUGCCGGACUAUCACGGUAACGAAUGGUGCGGAAGCCAUGCGUUACGCGCUCAGCGAAGUUCAGUUCGACCUUAUCAUGACGGAGUUCAAGUUGCCUCAAGUCAAUGGUGCCGAUUUUGCGCGCAUGGUGCGGGAGACUCGCAGUGCGAACAGACAUACGCCAAUCAUCGCUGUUACAGGCUACUUGAAAGACCUACCCGAGACCCACUACUUUGAUGCACUGAUCCAAAAGCCGCCUACACUGUCCAAGCUUACUGAGACACUUUGCCGUUGGUGUAUGUGGAAGCCACCGCCCAAGGACUAUAACCCUUCGUCACAACCACUCUCGCUCGACAUCAUCUGGAUUCGUGCCUCACCCCCGAGCUUGUACCGGGGGUCUAGUCGCGAUGAUUCCGUGAGCAGCAGUGUCUUUGGCGAUAUGGAAUCCAUUAAGCCAGAGGAAGUCCCUGUUAUUAUCAGUCGAAACCACGAUGACUGGGAACAAGGGACCGGUGGUGGUGGCGGCGGCGGUCUCGGUAUUUCCGAGAAUGCUCAUCCUGGCAGUCCCGAUCCCGAGGCCGUGCCGGUCCCUCAGCUGCUUAAUGCCGCCAGUACCCCGGCAGCCAUCGAUGGGAGUGGUGCUCUCACGCCACGAAAGCAGCGAUCCAGUGAAGCCAUUCGCGCCAAACGAGAGUCUCUAGAACGCAAGAAAUACGAAGGGGCCGAGUCCGGAGACGACGAAGAUGAAGAGUUGGGUAACACCCAAUCCCGACGCAGCCCGCCAGCUCGGAAUCGUCGUCCUGGAUCCAAACUAGGCAUUGAGAUGAUGCGCACCAACAGCCGAGGUAGCGUUGUCAGCGGCAGUGAAGAGCUGCUCAAGAAGGAGAGAGAGGCCCUGCGAAGACAAAGCGGAGAGUUUGCUACUACUAGCGACGACGGGUCCCUCGGGUCGCCGGCCAGUACGAGCCUUGAGGAGCGCUUUGAAGGCAUGAGCAUCCCCGAGGAGUCCGAGGCCGAAGAGCAUCUCAGCCCUCGUGGUUCUCCUCCUCCCCUUAGGACUUCGUCCGCAUCCCCCGGUCCUCAGCCCAGCCGCCCCUUCCUGUCGCAUCACGACACCUCGGUCUACUCGGGUCCUACAUCCCAUCCUUCUAUCUCCCAGGCCAGCUCCGAGAGCUUUUAUCAAGGCCAAACGACUCCUCCAUGGCAUGGCACUGGACUCCCCAUAACUCCCGAGGUGAAGGUCUCGAGUAGUCUCUUGUCUGCAGAAUACAGCACCGUGGUCGAUACCGACAACUGCCCCAGUCCUGAUGCGGAAGCUACACCUCGGCCCCUUCAUCCCUCGCCGAGCCUGGACACCGACAACACCCCUCGACCGGGUGAACGACACCGCAGCGAUCUGCCCUCCAAAAGAUAG